UCUGACCCUGGCACCAUGUCCUGGCUGCUGCUGUGUCCACUGGUGCUGGGGCUAAGCCUGGCAGAGGGCACCCAGACCCCUAGCAUCUAUGAUGAUGGAGAGAGUACCGGGGGAGGUCAUGAAGGCACUGUGAGUCCCACAGCUGGACUCAAGGAGUCGAAGUCCCCAGUCCAGCUUCACCCACGAGGCUUCCCAGGCAAGUUCUGUGCCAAUGACAGUGACACAUUGGAGCUCCCUGCCAGCUCUCAAGCGCUGCUGCUGGGGUGGGUACCCACGAGGCUGGUGCCUGCCCUCUAUGGGCUGGUGGUGGCUGUGGGGCUGCCGGCUAAUGGACUGGCGCUAUGGGUGCUGGCCACACGGGUACCCCGCCUGCCAUCUACUGUUCUGCUUAUGAACCUUGCAGUUGCGGACCUGCUACUGGCCCUGGUGCUGCCACCACGUCUGGCCUAUCACCUGCGUGGCCAGCACUGGCCCUUUGGGGAGGCUGCCUGCCGAAUGGCCACAGCUGCCCUCUAUGGCCACAUGUACGGCUCAGUGUUGCUGCUGGCUGCAGUCAGCCUGGACCGGUACCUGGCCCUGGUGCAUCCUCUGCGAGCUCGUGUGCUGCGUGGCCGGCGCCUGACCAUGGGGCUCUGUUCAGUGGCCUGGCUCUCAGCAGCCACCCUGGCCCUGCCUCUCACUUUGCAGCGGCAGACUUUCCAACUGGCUGGCUCUGAUCGAAUGCUGUGCCAUGAUGCAUUGCCUCUGGCUGAGCAGACCUCCCACUGGCGACCUGCCUUCACCUGCCUGGCUGUCCUGGGCUGCUUCCUGCCACUGCUGGUCAUGGGACUGUGCUAUGGAGCCACCCUGCAUGCACUGGCAGCCAGUGGCCAGCGCUACAGCCAUGCACUCAGACUGACAGCCCUGGUGCUGACCUCAGCUGUGGCCUCUUUCACACCCAGCAAUGUGCUGCUGGUGAUGCACUAUUCGAACCCGAGCCCCGAGGCCUGGGGCGACCUCUAUGGAGCCUAUGUGCCUAGCCUGGCACUCAGCACCCUCAACAGCUGUGUGGACCCUUUUAUCUACUACUAUGUAUCCCACGAGUUCAGGGACAAGGUACGGGCCAUAUUGUGUCGCCAGCCAGACAUGAACAGCUCCUCCCAGGCUUCCAGGGAGGUGGGAAGCCGAGGGACUGCCAUUUGCUCCUCUACACUUCUGUGACAGGUAUCUGAGGUGGGAAGGGGCACUCAGAGCAGACUGGACCUUUCCUUAAAUACA